AUGAAAUAAACGGGGCCGCGAACGGCCGCUGCGGGGCUCUGCUGCCGGGGGGGAUGCGAGGGUUUGCCUUUAAGGGUUCAUUUGCAUAAUGAAUCCACUUUGCAUGGACGGUUGAUUUGCAUAUGUGGCGCGCUUUUCCAGCGGGGCGGGCCCGGAAGCAGCGCGGGUGCGGGUUCCGGGACACCGGCACCGGGCAGGCACCGGUGGGGGGGGGCACAUACCCCGGGCACCGUUCGGUGCCCUCCCCACCCCUCCCCGCGGUGAUGGAGCCCCGCGGGCUGCCCUGGCUGCAGGGCCUGGACAAGCCGAGCCGCCUCCUGCUCCACGCACUGGCCUCCGGCUCCCGCGGGACACUGGCCGCGCUCAGGAUGCUGCAGCGGGUCCAGCCCGGAGAGGGACCAGGGCCCGUGUUUCCCUGGCAGACCUUCACCACAGCUCUGUGUGCUGAGGAGCCCGUGCUGGAGGAGGGGGCCCUGGCCGUGAAGCCGCGGCUGCUGCUGCUCCCUGUUGUGUGCCAGAGAAACCUCUUAUCCCUGCUACUCGUGGUGCGAGCGCUGGUGCCAGGGGGCUGCCUUGAUCGGCUGCUCCAGGCUCUGGAGCAGGAUUCCCAUGUGGAUCCAUGGGUGCGGGCGCUGGGGGAUCUGCUCCGGCAGGGAGCAAGGGGAGAGGAGUGCUGCCCACCUCCCGGCCCCUUGUCUUCCACGUGCCAGCAGCAGCUUAGGUGCCUGGGCCAGAGAAUUGCCCAGAGCAAUCCAGAGGGGCGAAGGAAACUGAACUGGUGCUUCAGCAAACAGCCCAGUGCCGCUGGGGAUGGGGCUGACUCUGUACUUCACGGUGGGAAACACAAGGAAGUGUCAGAGGAGAGCCUGGAGUUGGAUGAGGAGAGAGAAGGGAAGAGGAUGCUGCUGGAGGAGGUGGUGUUUGGCCCCCCAGGAAUGCAGGAGGUUGGGGAUGUGGCAGGGAUGGAAGUGGAGAUGCCAGAGGAGCCUUCAGGAGAUGGAUCUGCCCAGAGCCCGGAUGGGGCUGCUCCAGAAAGCUCCCAGCAGGAAGCAGCGAGGAAGAUUUCCCAGGCAGAGCCGGCAGUGGACGUCCAGUCCUUUCUGCAGCUGCAUGGACCAAGGCUGAAGAUGCUGCUGCAGAAGGAGUCCAAUCAUCCGGAUUUCAGCAUCCCACCCGAGCUGCACGUCCUGAACAACUGCUCUCCUGCCCAGCUCGAGGGGCUGUGCUCCUUCCUGCAGCUCUCCACGUGCCCGGAACACCUCGUGGUGCGUUUCUGCAGCUGGUUGGUGGUUCUCAGCCCUGAGCUCAGCUACACCAGCGCGGCCACCCUGGCACAGCAGCUCUUCCUCAGGCGAGUCCUGUCCCUCACCCAGCCGCCCUCCCGACACCUCAUGGCUGCCCUCACUUCAUUUUGCUCCAAGUAUUCCCAGCCCUUCUGUCGUGUCCUGGUGGCUGCGGUCCUGCAGGAGCCGGGGGAAGGUGCUGAGCAGACCAAGCUGGUGUGCGAACUCGUGGAGGAGUGCCUGGAGCCAGACUGUGUGCGACUGGUGCUAAGCCAAGUCUUGGAGGUGCCUUUGUCAGAGAAGCUCCUGCCGAUAGUCCAGGCCGUGCUGGGGCGGCAGGAGGUGCUGCCCCCUGAGCUCUUUGAUCUCCUGGUGCUGACUCUGUGCCGGCAGGCUCCAGCCUUGAGCACAUCGCUGAGUUACGCCAAGCUGGUGAUGGCCAUGCUCACCAUGUACCACAGCCAGGUCACCCCAUCCCACCGGAGCAGCCUGGCCGCCGCGCUGGACCGCAGCAACGCGGCUCUGAGGAAGUCGCUGCAGGCUGUGCUGGAGGGGGGCAGGUGAGCACCAAAGAGAACCACAAAGCGAUGGCUUCCUUGGGCAGAGGAUGCUGUUAGGCGGUGGUGGCUGCAGCCCAGCGCCUCUCUGGGCUCACCACCAGCGGGAUGGAGACCCAGCGCGUGUGGGCUGUGACUGGAGCACCCCUGCCUUUGCCUGGGGCUUUGCAGCGGUGCCUUGCGCUUGGCCAGCCUGGUUUGAGGUGGGCUAUCGCUGGGCAGCACCAUCCCAGCCCCACACAUGCCCUUAGGCUUGAAGAUGAGCGUUUCUUCGUUAAACAAUGAACACAUCUCUAGUUGUCUCUGUGCUUGCUCUGUGUCUGAGUGGCCUCCCAUGGGUGCCAUGCCACACUCAAGAUGGCGCCUUCAGCCUUCCCGUCCCGCCACACUCAAGAUGGCGCCUCCGGUCUUCCCGUCCCUCCACGCUCAAGAUGGCGCCUCCGGCCUUCCCGCCCCUCCACACUCAAGAUGGCGGCUCCCCCCACGCCUCUUCCAGGAUGGCGGCAGAGGAGGAGCUGUGGAGGGGCUGGCCUGUUGGGUGUCUGAGGGUUGCGGCUCUCCUUCCCCAGCCACCGGCUGUGCGGGCACCAGAAAUCCCUGGCGUGCCCCACGUCGGCACAGAGCGCACGGGUGUGAGGGGUGGCCGGGGGGAGCAUCGCCUGGAGGGGGGGAUAAUUGCAUCAAGGUGACUCUGUUGUAGAUGGUUUGUGCCAAAGAGGUGGCUUUUUUAAUCGGGGGGAGGGGGGGAAAUCCAUUACUUCUGCAUUAUUGAUGAAGUAAUGUUGGCACACAAGUACUUAAAGAGCACGUGAGAGUGGGCUGCAGUGAUUCCGCACCUGAGGCACGCUGCCCUUCAGAGAGGAAAUGUUGCCCAUUUUUCCCUGUGUAUUCUCUAAUAAAAAUGGGUUUUCUGUCGAGCAGGUCCCCACAUUAUCUGACCAGGCAGUGAGAAACUGCAGAGCCAGCAGAAGCUUUUCUCUGCUUUCAGGUCCCCUUUGCUGAUUAUGGUGCAUGGUGUGAUGCCUCCAACCCUGUGCCAGCAUCUCUGAUAACUUGUAAAUCUGAAGAGCUUGAUUGAGCAUCCAUGCGUCUCAUCAGUCUGGUUUGCAGUGUCACUUCUUGUUUUAAUCAGCUUAGAUCUGCUGCUUGGUUCAAAAUGGAGCAAGACGGCUGCAGUACUUCCUGUGUGCGCCUGCACCCUUGUUUCGUUUCUCCCCAGCGUCAGCCCUCAAAGAAGCAGGAUGCUCCUCCCUGGCUCCAGGUCUGCACAAUGGUUGGACUUGAUGGUCUUAAAGGUCUUUUCCAACCUGAUUCUACGAUUCUAUAAAGCUGGCAAAGCUCCUCCUCUCCUUGCCCAUAGUGGCGGCCUGGUGGCCAAAGUGAAGUCAUCUUGUCCAAACACUUUAUAUUUUAAGUGUUUUUCCAACAUCGUGGUGGCUCAGAACACCUAGCAAGCAAUAUAGCAUGGUGGAGUUUGCAGACCCUUAACAUGUGGCUGAAUCAAGACAAAAGUUGAUCUGAGACUGUUUGAAUAUUGUAAUUCUGGACCAGGUUUAAUUCACCAUCGUGGUUUUUAUCAUGGCUUGAAGGAGCCAAGGCACAAGUGGUAUGUGCACGUUGGCUAAGCUGAUUUCUGGGUGGUGCAGCAGUGAUCUGCAAGGCUCUUUAUAUCUGGUCUGCUGGGAUUUACAAAUCUCGGGAUGCAGGAGAGUGGGGUUAAGAUGAAGACCUGGUAAACUUGAGGUUUCUGCUUUAAAUCUGCCUUUUUUCUACUUUAUAGGGGCCCGUGUGUGUGUCACUUUCGUGGUUUUCAAUGUGGCAAUGAUGACUGCCCAUUGCAAGGUGUUCAGUGAUGCGCUAAUAAAAAAUGCUUUAUAGUG